AUGAGCUUGAAGCUCUUCACCUACAGUACAAUUAGUGUAGAAAGCCAACGAGCUCCUGGUUCGUACGCCAUAACUGUGAAGACAACAGAUGAUCACGUUGUACAUAUUUUGAUUCAAAAGAAGGCCGAUACUGGGAUGUACCAUGUGGGAGGUGGUGACGAAUUUCGAACAGUUGGCGAGCUCUUGGCGCACUAUAAUAAUAAUCCAAUGGUUGAAGAGGGUAGCCAACGUGUAGUGCACUUGAUGAAUCUGGUUCCGUCGACUUGCGUUCCUGCAGACGCAAUUGACGAACGCAUUCGUCUGUUGGAGGAAAUCGAUCCAGUCACGAAAAAGUCUGGCUUCUUGGAGGAAUUUGAGGUGAUAGAUGUGAAACGUUGUCUUAUUAUCAUGCUGUAG